UAUAACACGACAUCGACGUUCAUUUUCCUCGAAAUGAAAGCUAGACAAUAUUUACUUCAGUAAUUAUUUGUUUAUUAGAAUCAUAGUUAUUCGUGUUUCUACGGUGUGUUUCUGUUAUUAGACAUCUGUUUAUUGGAUUGUUUUAUCGGUAUUGGGCAGGAGGCCUGAGCUGAGAUACACAUAUCUUAGAUUUCUCGGGAGUUUCGUGUUUAUUUCAUUGUCUGAUUUGUUGUGGUGAAACAUGGCUGUUGUCAACUAAGGAGCGCUUAAAAAGAUGUUGAAGCAAUACAAAUAUAGAGAUCUCACAGUCCGUGAUAUUACAAAUGUCAUCUCUCAGUACAAAGACCUCAAACCUGUCAUGGAUGCUUAUGUUUUUAAUGACUGCUCAUCCAGAGACCUCAUGAGUCUUACUGGGACUGUACCAGUUAGUUAUAGAGGGAAUGUGUACAAUAUUCCCAUCUGCCUCUGGCUGUUGGACACGUAUCCCUACAAUCCCCCUAUUUGUUUUGUGAAGCCCACCAGCGCCAUGAUGAUCAAGACUGGCAAACACAUUGACGCCAACGGCAAGAUCUACCUGCCCUAUCUGCACGAGUGGAAACAUCCUCAGUCAGAUCUGUACGGCCUCAUCCAGGUGAUGAUUGUGGUGUUCGGUGAGGAACCACCUGUGUUCUCCAGACCCACUACACAACCUCCAUAUCAAGCCUUCCAGGCCACUGGACCUUCAAACCGUGGACAGGAAAGGCAGGAUUUAGCUCCCCCAGAGUCUAAAGGAUACUGUGGUAGUACCAUCAGAAGUGUAACUGGAGGGGUAAAAAACAUGUGUAUUUCUACAGAUGCAAUAUGUCCUGGAUGCAUAAAACCCUUUCCUACAAAAGAAUUGGAGCUCCAUGCAAGUUUCUGUGGUGAUUCAGAAAGUCUAGUGUCCAUUCGGUCAAGGAGUCCUGAAAUAUUGCAGCCACAAAAUGAAGAAAUGUCAUGUGUGGAGGAUGUCCUACAGUGGCUUGCAUCUCAAGUUGACACCACCAAAGAAUUCAGCCUCUGUGUGUCUAGAACGAAUCUCUUGGAACGAGGUCUCUUACUGUGGAGGCGACAAAAGUUGAGCUCUCCAGUCAACACAUUAAAAAUCACCUUCUUGGGAGAGGCUGGAGUUGACACAGGGGCUUUAUGUAAAGAAUUCCUGACAGAAAUGAUUGGUGGCAUAGAGACCAGACUCUUUGAAGGAGAGGAUGGUAAAGGAAAAAUGCCCAAGUACUCUUUAAAUGAUCUGGACAAUGGCCUAUUUCGAGUUGCUGGGGAGGUAUUUGCUGUUAGCCUUGCCCAGGGUGGCCCAGCUCCAAGAUUUUUACAGAACUGGUGUUACGAUUUUCUGUUGAGUGGAAACCUUGAAAACAUUACCAAGGAGACUGUUUAUGAUGUUGAUAUUUCACCACUAAUUCAAAAGAUCGAGGAAACUUCAGAUUUGUCUUCUUGCACUGAACAGAUAGUCAGCUGUGGUUACACAGGGCCUAUAAAAAUAAAUAACAAGGCGAAUAUAACAAGAGCAAUUGCGAUGCAUGCUGCUGCUCGACGAACUCUAAUGCUUCAGCAGCUAUGUGAGGGUCUACAGCUUUACGGGUUAAUUGAUGUCAUGAGAAAAAACAGAGAAGUGUGCCGUAGCUUAUUUGUAGUUCAUUGUGGUGAUGAUAAGGUAAAGAACUGGAAUAUUUUCAGUUUGCAUAAUUGUGGUAAAACAUGUUUUUUUCUAUAUUGUAUGCUGUUUAGAUAUCUUCUCCCUGGCUUAUUUUUUCAGGUGGACUCUCAUUACAUUGUUUCCAAUCUUCACCCAGAAAUGAGUGAGACUGGCACUCUUAAACAUGCCAAAGAGGUGCAAAUCCUAAAUCACUUUCAGGAUUUUCUAAUGGAGCUUGAAGGCAAGUUUAUGUUCAUUCCAGAAUGUUAAUGUUGUAAUUUUAAAGGGAUACUACACCCAAAAAUGAAAAUUCUGUCAGGAAUUACUCCCCCCAAGUUGUUCCAAUGUCAUGGCUCUGCUUCCUUAGUCAUGUUUUUCUUGGUCCUGUAGCAGAGCCAUGACAAAGCUUUUGGUUAUGUGUGGAGAGAAACAUAUUAUUGUCCUUUUGACAAUAAUAUACGUUCUCUCCAGUGUCUUGUCAUUGGCCCCAUUCCUCUCGUUUCCUCGUUAUCUUUCCCUGAGUGUUUAAUUACCCACACCUGCCCCGUGUCGUUAUCCUUUGUCUGU